CCUGGCGAAGAGUUGUUGAUACGAGUGAUGAAGGGAAGGAAGGGAAGCGGGGGCAAGGCUCGUAAUCUGCCCUCCCUCCCCUCUCUCCCCCACUCGCCCACGCCCGACCAGUGGCUACCCAGACCUGGCACCGCUCUGAGGCACCACGCGGGCUGGGAUAGAGGGCGUGGGAGGCUCAGUUGGAUGAAGGCACUGUUGAGGUCCGCCAUGGGGUGAAGGAGUCAGGUGGAACAUCAACCCCCCCACCACCCCCUUCCUCAAAACAACAGCAACAACAACAACAAGCACCAGAAUAAGAAGAAACACAGGAAGAAGAAAAACAAUUGAUAAGGAAGAGGAGAAGGAUGGCGCCGUAGUUCAUAAAUAAGAUUCGAUUGGUUGCCUGUCGAGCGUCUUGUGGUACGAUGGUGACGUCACAAUAAGAGUGAGAAUAGUGGAAAUGAUAUUGAUGGGUUGUUAAAAGAAAAUAGUGACCCGGUGAUUCGUGUGGCGGGAGAAAAGAAGAAAAGGAGAAAGUAAGAGGACUCGAUUGAUUGCCAUGCGGGUGUGUGCUUUGCCAAGUUGAUGAUGAUGACAGAAAAAGUAAUGAAAUAUAAUGAUAAUAACAGUAAUGGUGACAACACGAUAACUCAGUGGCAGAAGGAGAGACCUGUAUGUUCGACUGAUGGCCAUGGCAAAUGAGUGUUAUGGUAAACUGAUCUAAAGUUAAGGAAAAGAAAAACGCAUGAAAAGAAAGAAAAGUGAAGCGACCAGAAAAUAUAUGAAACUAUGAACAAGAAACGGAGAUAAAUGGGUUAAGGAAAAGAAAAACGCAUGAAAAGAAAGAAAAGUGAAGCGACCAGAAAAUAUAUGAAACUAUGAACAAGAAACGGAGAUAAAUGGACGAAAAGAAGGAAGAUAACGAGAAAAAAGAAAGGGCGGGAGGACGAAAAAGGGAAGUGAUAUAGAGAGAGGCUAAUAAUAAUAAUAAUAAUAAUAAUAAUAAUAAUAAUAAUAAUAACAAGAGCGAGGGAGUGCCAAGAGACAGGAAACCGCUUAUCGCUCCUGACGGCCAGUGAGGAAAGGGCACCGCCGACAACCAGUGUGUGUGUUGUACCCACAGUGACCAACCCCACGCACGCAAGGCAGCCCCCGUGUGUCGACCUCCAGCCUGCCCGACAUGGCCCCGAGCACUGCUGCCCGACGGCCCCUGCUAAGGCUGGCCCUCUGCCUGUGCCUGCUGCUGGGGCACGCAGACGGAGCCGAAGAAGAGGAAGAAGCACAACCGCAGCGCGAGGAUCCAAACAGAGGAACGGAACGUCGAACUCUGCCGCCUUUUUUGAUGCCGAACUGGAAAGAGAAAAGCGACUCGCUCCCAACCGUUGAGAAAAACGGUGACCUCUACUUCGACGUGGCAGGAGCGGACGAGACCCAGCUGGAGAUCCCGCUGAGCGGCCGCCGCGUCCGGGGCGUCACGGCCACGAGCAGGCGCUGCCCGGUCCAGUCCCUGGUCCUGGGCAAGAGUGUCUUCCUGGACGAGGAUCUCUUCACCCACUGCCCUCUCAAGAACCUCACGCUGAAAGGCAAAAAAUGGAGGUGUCUGCAGGAGGGACGACUGUUGCAGCGUCCAGGACUGGUAGUGGACGUUGAGGACGCCACUUGUUCCGACGCCUGGCACUACGAAGACUCCAACUCAACUCUUCCGAUAGAGUACGGCAUGCAGGAAGGCAUUCAGAAGAUCCAGAAGUUCGGAAUCACCGGAUGUUUGAUUGACAACUGCAAGUGCAAUUGGUACUUCAUGAGCGGCGCAUACAACAUGUCCAUGGACUGCGACGGUCGUGGGCUGACGGACGACGCCCUGGCGGAGAUGCACGCGCUGGACCCGAUGCUGCCCAACAACGUCACAAAAAUUCACUUCGGUUGGAACAAUCUGACUUCGGUGGACAUCUUGAUGGAGUACCUCAGGCCUCACCACGAAAACCUCACAGUCCUCUACUUCGACCACAACCAGCUGACCGCCUUGCCGCGCCUCGGAAGGGCUUUCCCCCGCAUCAAACACAUCUCCCUCACCGACAAUUUGAUCGAAAAGAUCGACCUCGAGGAAUUUAAAGUCUUAGUGUCGCGAGAAGACCUGAUAUUGGAUGUCGCUAACAACCCUUUGCGCUGCGACCGCAACAUGUACUACCUGAAGAGCUACAUCCACGAUCGCUGCAUGGCCGGCUGGAAGCUUUGCACACGAUACUUCAAGAUGCUGACCUGCAGGAAUGAACCCAACGGCAAACCAGUGCCCCUCUACAAGGUGUCGAAGCCGGGCUCCAUCUGGGACAUUGACUGGUGGCUGUUUUUGAACAUUACUCUUGGACUCCUCAACGCCAUUAUGAUCACUCUGAUCGUCGACCUGAUCCUUGUCCUCGCCAACGUUCGAGGCAACCAGGGGAGGAGGCCCAUGAUGGACCGCCUGGUGUGCUGGCUGAAGGCUGUGCUGCUGCCGCCUGGGUCCAGGGACCAAGGCGGGAACGGACAAGGACGACGACAUCGACUGAAGAAGUAGUAGUAGUAGUAGUAGUAGUAGUAGUAGCAGCAGCAGCAGUACCCAGAGAUCGAUAAUAAUGAGGACUUCCUGACGUCGUGAGGGUACCUGCUGGCGAAAACAAGUCCAACUCGUGAUCAGGCCGUGGUGAAUUGCACAGGGCCUCGAGAUAUGUAUUCGUGUCCUCAGUGUUGGUAAGGCCAGUUAUGCAGGUAAAAAUAAAAUAAUAUCAUGUGAAUAUUA